UGCCUUUGUCAAGUCAGUCAGACGGUUGCCUGGCUUCGCUCUGACCGUGUGCCGCUAGCCAGCCAGCCGCCUGAAUGUAGAUCCGCAUGGGCUACUACCACGCCAUCGUCCUAAUAACCCCGCGGAGUCGUAAGAUAAGGAUCCCAGGAUGGUGUUAGUGCAUGUCGGAUACCUGGUUCUCCCCGUAUUCGGCUCAGUAAGAAACCGAGGAUCCCAUUUCACCCGGCAACAGCAGCAGCAUAGCCAUGCAACGUCUUGCCGCCACUUCCAGCUAGGCCCCCAGGCCACGCUGCCCAUGGACUUCCCCAUGCCCCAACCGCAGUCGGGCAUCAACCCCCACCUGGCCCCGUCCGGCCACCAGCACGGACCCCCACUACACCACCCGCCCCUCAACCCUAUGCCCGCCCCCCAGUUCCAGGACAUCCCUGCCCCUCCCUUCCUACCUCAGGCAUUACACCAGCAAUACCUCCUUCAGCAGCAGAUCCUUGAGGCUCAGCACCGACACAUUUUGCCGCCUAACAGUAGACGCACCCAGGAGAGAGUUCCUCACCAGCCCCAUAGACUGCGUCCAGGCUACGAGUUUGGCCCGCCUCUGCACGUCCCUCCCCAGCCAGUGGUGCAGCAGCCACGCUACCUGGCUGAGGGCACUGACUGGGAUUUAAGUGUGGACGCAGGACUUCCCCCACACCAGUACCACAUCCACCCACUGCCGCAGCACUAUCAGCACUAUCUGACCUCUCCCAGAAUGCACCACUUCCCCAGGAACAACACCUCAACACAAGUGGUUGUACACGAGAUCCGAAACUAUCCGUAUCCUCAGUUGCACUUGCUGGCGCUGCAGAGCCUCAACCCCUCUCGUCAUGCAUCAGCUGUAAGGGAGAGCUACGAGGAGCUUUUGCAGCUGGAGGACCGACUGGGCAGCGUAAACCGUGGAGCGGUCCAAACCACCAUCGAGAGAUUCACUUUCCCCCACAAGUACAAGAAGAGAAUCCCCCAGGACCUGAAGAUGUGUCUGGAUGACGAAGAGCUAGACACGGAUGAGAAGUGCACUAUUUGUUUGUCCAUGUUGGAGGACGGCGAGGAUGUCAGGAGAUUACCCUGCAUGCACCUCUUCCACCAAGCGUGUGUGGACCAGUGGCUGGCCACCAGCAGGAAGUGCCCCAUAUGCAGGGUGGACAUUGAAACCCAGCUCAACCCUGACAGUUGACACCUACAGCCUCACAUCCCACAAUCCUCUGCUUUCUCCGCCUUGUGGCGGGGUGGGGGCAUGGUAGGAUCAUCCAAGCACACACAUACACACACACACACACACACACACACACACACACACACACACACACACACACACAAACAUAUAGGCAGGGAUGGGGUUGACACAUUUUAAGACUGGCUUGACUACGUGGAUGUAUAAGAAAGGCAAAUGUCAACAUGGAUGCUGCACACGUGUACAGAACAUGACGCAAAACCAUUAGCAUGAGGUUGUUUGGUGUGUGUCCUGAUCCAGUAUUUACCAGAGUAACAGUGAUGUGUAGCAACAGAGAGGCCAUGUUUGUGGGUGGCUCGAGCGCUGGUCUGAACCUUUCAAAGCCCAGUUUUGUGUAAAAAGGCCAGAAACCAUGAAAAAAAACAACAACCCCUCUCUUUCUGUGUUGUGAUUUUCUUUUGGAUGUAGGCGCCAUCAUUGCUAACGCGGCUAACUGCAGGCAUGGCUUGUGUGUUGUGGGGCCCCUCGCUAGAUUAGACGACCCCCCCCAUCCUCCUAAAUGGUGUGCGUGUGCGUGUGUGUGUGUGUGUGUGCGCGCACCAGGCUUUUUGGACUGUGUCGUCAUUGUGGAGCAAGUAGAAGCAGGGGACCCGUGUAGUGUGCAUGGCACCCACUCAUCUGCACAAAACCACAGCCCCGCCGACUUCCCCUUCCUCCUUUACACACGCCAAAGUUGCCCUUGGACACUGACCUCUGACCUGAGCCUUGUCUAACAGCAACGCCGCCAUCUUGCCUCACCCGAGUGACAUUUCUCAGAACCUUAUUGCCUAACAAACGAUCACAUUUAUUAGUGUCAUUAUUCUACACUGGUUCCUCGUUCCCACUACUGUACAAGGGGGGGGAAAGGAAACCGAAACUAGUUUGCCUGCCUGUGUUUGAAUGUGUGCGUUAGUCCCGCCCUCCUCCUGUCCUUCCUUGUGUGUGUGUGGUGUCGUGCAGGAGGGCGAAAGGGAUAAGAAGCCAUCCAUUUAACAACAACAACAACAACAAACAACCAAACAAUUGUUCUUAACGUUGUCUUUUCAUGUUUGUAUGCCAUUUUUUUAUUUUAUUUUGAAAUUCACAUGCCAAUUGUUUUGGACGUGGUACUAAUAAUACACGCAGUCACAGUGAAGAUAAAGAGCUGCAACGCUGCAAAAAAAGCAUAUUUAUAUAUUUGUCAUGUAGUUUGUGUUAAUGUAAAUGCACUAUAAAAUGAAAUUGCCUGUUUUUUUUGUUUUUUUUCUCCUUUUUUUGUUUAUUUGGUUUGGUGGUGUGUGUGUGUGUGUGUGUGUGUGUGGCUUCUUCUUGUCUUAAGGUUUUGUUGUUUUUGUUUGAUUCCAAGUAUUUUCAUGCUUCCUGGUUUACCAAGGAGUGUUGGAGCCACACUGAAAAGAAGGGAGUGAUAAAGUGGCAAUAUGACGUGGGGGUCGGGGAUGGAAAGGGGUAUUUCUGCAAGGACACAGUCAUAAUAGUUUUGAAAAUGUUACAUUCAGACUUGAGAAAAAGUCGACAUGUUAUGAGAAGAAACACAAUUUUAUGAGAAAAAGAAAAAACAGAAUUUUAGGACUAUGAAGUCGGACUUUUGUGAAAAAUGUGUAAAGUUGUGAUAAUACAAGAAAAACCUCUGUUUUAAUAUUAUAAGGAAAUAAUUUUGGGGAUUUUUUUGGUUGUUUUUGAAAUAUUACAGCUUUGUCUCGUAAGAUAUUUUUCUUUUAAAUUAUGAAUUCAUUGUCAUUAUUGUAAAAAAUAAUACAUUCUAUUCCCUUUCGUAUAUAACAACUUAUCCCAAAAUCAAGAUUUAAAUUUUCAUACAAUGAUGGUAAUAUCACAUGUUUUUUCUUGUAAAAUUAGAGCUUUAUUCUAGUCAUAUUCAAAUUGAUUUUCUUGGCUAAAGUAUGACUUCAUCUUUUUAAAAUGAUUCAAAAAUAUUGGUAACACUUUAGUUUUAAGUAACAAAGACUUAAUUUAGAGUGUUUUGGUUAGGGUUAGUUGUAUAAUAAGGCCAUGCAGAAUAAGGCAUUAAUAAGUACUUAAUAAUGACUAAUUAAGUGAAGUGAAUUAUAUUUAUAUAGCACUUUUCUCUAUUGACUCAAAGUGGCCUAGUGGUUAGAGUCCGCCCUGAGAUCGGUAAGUUGUGAGUUCAAACCCCGGCCGAGUCAUACCAAAGACUAUACAAAUGGGACCCAUUACCUCCCUGCUUGGCACUCAGCAUCAAGUGUUGGAAUUGGGGGUUAAAUCACCAAAAAUGAUUCCCGGGCGUGGAACCGCUGCUGCCCACUACUCCCCUCACCUCCCAUGGGGUGAACAAGAGGAUGGGUCAAAUGCAGAGGACAAAUUUCACCACACCUAGUGUGUGUGUGACAAUCAUUGGUACUUUAACUAACUUUAAGUGCUUUACAUAGUGAAACCCAAUAUCUAAGUUACAUUUAAAGCAGUGUGGGUGGCACUGUGAGCAGGUGGGUAAAGUGUCUUGCCCAAGGACACAACGGCGGUGACUAGGAUGGCAGAAGCGGCGAUCAAACCUCAAGUUGCUGGCACGGCCUCUCUACCAACCGAGCCAACAUGUUACUAAAUUGCAUGUUAAUAAGCAACUAAUUAAUGGUGAAUAUGUUCCCCAUACUGAAGUGUUACCAAAAUAUUUUUUUCAAUUGUAACAUUCUGUGCAAAAUGUAAUUGAAAUAUUUGAACUCUAUUCUCAUAAAAUGACAAGUUUUUCCUGGUAAAAAUGUCGACUUUAAUAUGGCAAUUUGAUUGUCGUAACAUUUUGAUGAAAUAAUUAAGUUUUGUUUUUUUUCAGUGUGUGCCAGACAUUCCUUGGUGUUUAUCGGGUGGUAACUUGACGGUGUUGCGUUAUAUUCUUUUCCCUCUCAUGUGAGAUCUACAUCCAAAAAUGAAAGAAGAAAAAGAAAAAAAAAAGUGCUGAAAUAAUGGAGGUUCUGCUCGUUCACAUAGAAUGCUGUGAUUUUAAAGAUGCCUUAAGUAUUUAACAAUCAUUAUUUAUUACUAACUGUAGCUAGCUAGCUAUUGUGGUGAAAUAUUUUAACGUCUAUCUCAUAACUUUGCAAUUUAAUCGAUAUAUUUAUUUAAAAUAAGAUAAAAUGUUACAAAAAAAAAACAAUACCUCAUUAUGCAUUGGUCGGUGGGGAUGCUUUUUUGCAUGCCGUUUGUCCGUGUGUGUGUGUGUGUGUGUGUGUGUGCGCGAGUUUUUCUUCUGCAAAGAAGAAACAAGUGGACUGGGGGCCGGGGGGUUAGUGUCUCCCAGUCCUCUUUAAAGCCAGCAUGGUGCUGUUGAUGGAGAUCACAUUCCCUUUAGUUUCACUUGCUUUGAUCGGAGGCUGUCUUUGUCUUAGUAACCGCUCCACGAUUAGCUGGCGUGUUUGUUUUUGCCAUACGAUGCUGCUUUCGCCUCCCAUAAUCAAUCAUUUCCCUCAUCUCUUGGAUCUGCGCUUAUUCUUCCUUUAGAGGCCACAUUGAUGUUGAGCUGUGUUGCCAAUGGCUAUUUGCUUAGUGAUCGUGGGAGGGAAGGGGGGGCUGGUGUGUACCUUACUUACUUAACAUUGCUAACUUGAGCCAUUGAUCUUAUUGAGCAAACUGUGGUGAUACCAAUAUAAAUGAACGUGUGGAUAUAAUAAGCUAACUUUUGCGUGUGCUUCUCCUCAAUACUAUUCCUGCAAACGGUUAUUUUAAAACAAGGGAAAAUUGGAAUCGACUGAAGCUGGCUUUACUAUUUAUUAUUAUUGUUUUUUUUCUUAUUAUGUUUGUGCUCUCACUGGCCUUAUACCCCCCUUUGCGCCCGCCACAGUGUACCCCGUUUGCUCCAGAGCCAACUGGACUGUAGCCAUAGUAUUAACUCAAGCUGAUGAACCGGAAUGAACAGUAGAAACUUUUAAAGCACAAGCUUUUUAAAAUGCAUGUCCUUCUCAGGUUUUCCUAUGUGUAUGUGGGAGUAGCUUUGUUAGAUGUGUUUAAUAUGAUGCUGUACCUUUCUUGAAUAUUUCUUUCUUUGCUGCUGAGAAUACAUUAAAAAAAUAAAAAAAUAAAAAACCCCGGAAAAAAACGUUAUUAACCUGCCAGUGAAAAAGGGAAGUGGCCAUCUUUGUACAACAACACUGCUGUUUUGCUGUAACCGCGCAAUGUUUUAUGAUCUUGAGUAUUUUAUAGAAGAGUAGAAGUAUGUAUCAAUAAUAUGAAAGCAAUAGCGGAAUCAUAAUGAAGAAUAACAUGAUCAGUGAAUAUUGUGGAAAAAAACAAACACCUUUGGAUUCACUCUGGGUGGAUUUUGUACUGUAUUUAUUACUAAUGACAAUGCAAAAAGUUGCAUAGCUUAACCCAAACUGUUCUGUCUCUUUUUUAUUUAUUGUCUUGUAUAUGAUCUUUUUGUAUGUGUUUUUCAAAUAAAAUGCCUAAAAUGCUGACGACAAAUGCAGUUUGUGUGGCUGUUUUUUUGGGGCUUUUUGAUGCGUCCAUGUACUUAGUGUGCACUUUUGCCAACAAUCUUGUGGUCAUUUGACUUAUCAAAAUAUACACAACACAACCUAAUUAGGGCCCGCAAUGGCCCAUUGCAAAAGGACUCCCACAGGGAGUCCUUAUGCAAUGGGACAUAAGGACCUAUUGUUAUUGUAACGUUUUAUUAUUAUUCUUUAUUCUUUCUUUAUUCUUCCGCCGCCUCUUCGAGCACUAAUUUGACCCACUUAACAUGCUUCAAAACUCACCAUAUUUGACCCACACAUCAGGACCUGCGAAAAUUGUCUUUUACUAAAAAAACCAAACCGCAAAAAUCAAAAUUGCGCUCUAGCGCCCCCUAGGAAAUAAAAAAAACAGAAUGCCUGUAACUCCCACUAGGAAGGUCGGAGAGACAUGAAACAAAAACCUCUAUGUAGGUCUGACUUAGACCUAGUUCUCAUAA